UGCACCGUCUGGAUUAGAGCUGAGGCGUCUGCGAACCGAGCGUGGUCGUGGUGCUCUGGCCCCGGGACCGUCGCGCUGCCUGCCCGGACUCAGCGUCCAGCUCACCGCUGCCACCCACGACGCCCAACUGCAGCCUGGAGUAGUUUGCCUGGGUGCACCACUGAAGAAGGGGGACUCGAAUUCCCCGAGAAACGCCCCCCUCCCCGCCCGCCCCCUGCACCCCGCCUGGCUUGGAGGUGCCAGUGGGGAGAACGCAGAGAAGCAGGCGGAGCGGAAGGAGGUGGCGGUGCAGACGCGCGAAGGCGCUGGGCAAGCAGGCUUGGCGAGCGGGACGCAGCCGGGAGACGCAGGACAGCGGUGUCCCCGCGCUGCGCCCCAGAACCCGCUGGCGGGACCCGUGUGGCACGCGGCCGGCCGGCCGUGGACUGCGUCCUCAGCACCAUGGUCCGGCUCCUCCUCUGGGUUUUCUUUCCAGCUAUUUUUUUGGAGAUGACCCUUCUCCCCAGCAGCCCCGGCCGGAAAGGGUCGCUAGCGGGAGCUUCAUCGCAGCGCUCCGUGGCCAGAAUGGACGGGGAUGUCAUCAUUGGGGCCCUCUUCUCCGUCCACCACCAGCCCCCGGCCGAGAAGGUGCCCGAGAGGAAGUGUGGGGAGAUCAGGGAGCAGUAUGGCAUCCAAAGGGUGGAGGCCAUGUUCCACACGUUGGAUAAAAUCAACGCGGACCCGGUCCUCUUGCCCAACAUCACCCUGGGCAGUGAGAUCCGGGACUCUUGCUGGCACUCCUCCGUGGCCCUGGAGCAGAGCAUUGAGUUCAUCAGGGACUCUCUGAUUUCCAUUCGGGAUGAGAAGGAUGGGCUCAACCGGUGCGUGCCUGAGGGUCAGUCCCUCCCGGCAGGCAGGACUAAGAAGCCCAUUGCAGGCGUCAUCGGCCCAGGCUCCAGCUCUGUAGCCAUUCAAGUGCAGAACCUGCUCCAGCUCUUUGACAUCCCCCAGAUUGCUUAUUCCGCCACAAGCAUCGACCUGAGUGACAAAACUUUGUACAAAUACUUCCUGAGGGUGGUACCUUCUGACACUUUGCAGGCAAGGGCGAUGCUUGACAUAGUCAAGCGUUACAAUUGGACCUAUGUCUCUGCAGUCCACACAGAAGGGAAUUAUGGAGAGAGUGGCAUGGACGCUUUCAAAGAGCUGGCUGCCCAGGAAGGUCUCUGCAUCGCCCAUUCAGACAAAAUCUACAGCAAUGCCGGGGAGAAGAGCUUCGACAGACUGUUGCGCAAGCUCCGAGAGCGGCUGCCCAAGGCCAGGGUGGUGGUGUGCUUCUGCGAGGGCAUGACCGUCCGCGGCCUCCUCAGUGCCAUGAGGCGCCUCGGGGUGGUGGGAGAGUUCUCACUCAUCGGAAGUGAUGGAUGGGCAGACAGAGAUGAAGUCAUUGAAGGCUAUGAAGUGGAAGCCAACGGGGGAAUCACGAUCAAGCUGCAAUCUCCAGAAGUCAGAUCAUUUGAUGACUACUUCCUGAAACUGAGACUCGAUACUAAUAAAAGAAAUCCCUGGUUCCCUGAAUUCUGGCAACAUCGGUUCCAGUGCCGUCUACCUGGACACCUUCUGGAAAAUCCCAACUUUAAAAAAAUUUGCACAGGCAAUGAAAGCUUGGAAGAAAACUACGUGCAGGACAGUAAGAUGGGGUUUGUCAUCAAUGCCAUCUAUGCCAUGGCUCACGGGCUACAGAAUAUGCACCAUGCCCUCUGUCCUGGCCAUGUGGGACUCUGUGAUGCCAUGAAGCCCAUUGAUGGCAGAAAACUCCUGGACUUCCUCAUCAAGUCCACAUUCAUUGGCGUGUCUGGAGAGGAGGUGUGGUUUGAUGAGAAAGGUGAUGCUCCUGGGAGGUAUGAUAUCAUGAAUCUGCAGUACACCGAAGCUAACCGCUACGACUAUGUUCAUGUUGGAACCUGGCACGAAGGGGUGUUGAACAUAGAUGAUUACAAAAUCCAGAUGAACAAGAGUGGCAUGGUCCGAUCUGUGUGCAGUGAGCCUUGCUUGAAGGGGCAAAUUAAGGUCAUUCGGAAAGGCGAAGUGAGCUGCUGCUGGAUUUGCACGGCCUGCAAGGAGAAUGAGUUUGUGCAAGAUGAAUUCACCUGCAAGGCGUGUGAGUUAGGCUGGUGGCCCAAUGCUGAUCUAACAGGCUGUGAACCCAUUCCUGUGCGCUACCUUGAAUGGAGUAAUAUAGAAUCCAUCAUAGCCAUCGCCUUUUCCUGCCUGGGCAUCCUCGUGACCUUGUUUGUCACCCUUAUCUUUGUGCUCUACCGGGACACACCAGUCGUCAAAUCCUCCAGCCGGGAGCUCUGCUACAUUAUCCUAGCAGGGAUCUUCCUUGGUUAUGUGUGCCCGUUCACACUCAUUGCAAAGCCCACCACCACGUCAUGCUACCUCCAGCGCCUCCUGGUUGGCCUCUCCUCCGCCAUGUGCUACUCUGCUUUAGUCACCAAAACCAAUCGCAUUGCCCGCAUCUUAGCUGGCAGCAAGAAGAAGAUCUGUACCCGCAAACCCAGGUUCAUGAGCGCCUGGGCCCAAGUGAUUAUUGCCUCGAUUCUGAUUAGCGUGCAGUUAACUCUGGUGGUGACGCUGAUCAUCAUGGAGCCCCCCAUGCCCAUUCUCUCCUACCCCAGUAUUAAGGAAGUCUACCUGAUCUGUAAUACCAGCAACCUGGGGGUGGUGGCCCCGGUGGGCUACAACGGACUCCUCAUCAUGAGUUGUACCUACUAUGCCUUCAAGACACGCAAUGUGCCCGCCAACUUCAAUGAGGCCAAAUACAUCGCCUUCACCAUGUACACCACCUGCAUCAUCUGGUUGGCAUUCGUGCCCAUCUACUUUGGGAGCAACUACAAGAUCAUCACUACCUGCUUUGCUGUGAGCCUCAGCGUCACGGUGGCCCUGGGGUGCAUGUUCACACCCAAGAUGUACAUCAUCAUUGCCAAGCCGGAGAGGAACGUCCGCAGUGCCUUCACCACCUCUGAUGUCGUCCGCAUGCAUGUUGGUGAUGGCAAGUUGCCCUGUCGCUCCAAUACUUUCCUCAACAUUUUCCGAAGGAAGAAACCGGGGGCAGGGAAUGCCAAUUCUAACGGCAAGUCUGUGUCCUGGUCUGAACCCGGUGGCCGGCAGGUGCCCAAGGGCCAGCACAUGUGGCAACGCCUCUCCGUGCACGUGAAGACCAACGAGAUGGCCUGCAACCAGACGGCCGUCAUCAAACCCCUCACCAAAAGCUACCAAGGCUCGGGCAAGAGUCUGACCUUUUCGGAUACCAGCACCAAGGCCCUGUACAACGUGGAGGAGGAAGAGGCCCCGCCGGUGGCCUUCAGCCCCCCCAGCAGCCCUUCCAUGGUGGUGCACCGCCGCGUGCCCACGUCCCCGGGCACCCCGCCGCUGCCCGCGCACCUGACGGCCGAGGAGACCCCCCUCUUCCUGGCCGACCCCGGGGCUCCCCGCGGCCUGCCCCCGCCCCCCCAGCAGCCGCCCCAGCCGCAGCCCAAGGCCCUGAUGGACCAGCUCCAGGGCGUGGCCAACAACUUCGGCGGCGGCGGCGGCGGCGGCAGUGGGGGAGGGAUCCCCGAUUUCAACUCGGUGAUCGCGGGCCCGGGGGUCCCCGGGAACGGGGUGCGGUCCCUGUACGCCGCCGCCGCCGCCACCACCACCACUACCCCGGCGGCUCCGCAGCACCUGCAGAUGUUGCCACUGCAGCUGAGCACUUUCGGCGAGGAGCCCGCCUCGCCCCCGGCCCUGGACGACGACGACGACGACGACGACGACGACAGCGAGCGCUUCAAGCUGCUGCAGGAGUACCUGUACGAGCGGGAGGGGAACACGGAGGAGGACGAGCUGGAGGACGACGACGACGAGCUGCAGGCCGCCGCCACCGGCAAGGCCACCCCCGAAGAUUCGCCCGCGCUCACCCCGCCGUCCCCCUUCCGCGACUCGGUGGCGUCGGGCAGCUCCGUGCCCAGCUCGCCCGUGUCCGAGUCGGUGCUCUGCAGCCCCCCCAACGUCACCUACGCCUCGGUCAUCCUGAGGGACUAUAAGCAAAGCUCGUCCACCCUGUAGGGAGCCGCCGUGCGGGAGCCCCAGGUGUCAGGAGGGGACGCGCGCAGAGGUGGACGCUCCCCCAGUCCCCCCACCCCCACCCCUACCCCCGAUGGGAGCGGAAGGUGGGACGCGGUGGUGCGAGACCCGAGUUGGCAGUGGGAGGUUUCUGCACCCACCCACGGUACCACCCUGGCCAGGAUUCCCCCCCCGGGGCUGGAACAUCUGCCAAAGCCUUCCCUGGAAAGCGGGGGCGCCCGCGGAGCCUCGCGUGGAGGAAGGGGUGUCUCCUCGCCCUGAGCAAAGAAGCAGCGUGUCUCUGUGACCGUCGUCGUGCGUGGGUCUGCGCGCCCGCUGCUUGCUAGCUUGCAAAGGGGCGAGUCAGCUGCAUGCUCUAUUUGCCUCCUGAGGGUCACCGUGGGCGAGGAGGAGACAGAGCAGGUGGGUGAGGCACCCCCACAACCCCCCCCCACAGUCCCCCUCGCAGAGGACAGAUGAAGUGACAGUAGCUCCACUCUCUCCUGUCCUUUUCCCAGACACCAGGGUUCCAAGCAUUCGUCUCUUUCGUCCCCGCUGCUUUCCCCACUGAAUUGCGGUUUUGCGGGGUCUCACUUGGAGGAAGGGCCUGGACACCCCCCCCCCCCCACACACACACCCCAUCCCCCACCCCCACACUCUGCUGCUGUGCUGUGAUUUCCCCUCCUCCUCCAUUUAGGAAAACAAAUAAGUGCAAAAUAAUCACCCCAAAAAUGUGUUUCAUCGGGAGGGACGAGGAAUGACAGAACAAGAAGCAAGACAGUCCCUUAAGCGUGUCGGGCUUUAGCUUCCCGUCUUUGGACACUUGGCUCUUGGUGGUUUGGGGGUUACAGACAGACUACGAUUUGUUUAGAGAGGGGCAGAAGAUCUUUUGUAGAUUCGUGUUUUGUGCCAAGGAGGCCGUUCAGAUAAAGAAAAGGCAGGAGGCAAAAAUUGUCACCUUCCAUUUACUGUAGCAAAUAAUAUUUACCAUUUGAACUUCUAAGAGGCAGUUUGUGCGGUUGGUGCCAUUGUUUUUUCCCCGUGUACUACAGAAUCAAAUCCAUCUUUACACUCAAUGGUGUACCCAUAGCAACUAUUAUUGCUGGUUUAAAUGACAAAUAAUUCUUUCCUCUUGUCACUGAAGUUCCCGUAACUAGUGAGUGAAUGUGUUCUUGUGUCCUUGUAUACACAUAAUAAUAAAAUUUGUGCAAUGUAAUGUCAAUCUAACUGCAACUACAAGAUUGUUUUUGGCUAUAGAAUAGAUACGUUUCUGUUCCAGUGUUGUUUUAUAUGUCACUGUCACUAAUAUCCACAGAAUGUCUUUGGAAGUUUGAGUGCUGUGGUUUGAUGUUUUCCAUGUGUAGUUCAUACAGUCCUUCUUAGAGAUGUAUUUCAGAUAUCUUAUAAUGUGGAAAUUUAUCAUUAACGAAGUGGUUUGACAAUUUGUUACAUUAAAAGUUUAUGAAAACUGUGACUAAUGAAAAGUACAUUUUAUAAACUUGUAAACACAUCAUUAUCAAAAGGUAAGAUUAAAAUGACAGUAUUUAGAUUAUAUCAGGCUACUUUAGAUUUUUUAUAAGGAAUUUUCACGGCUCCCUGAGCUCGGUGUGCUUACAGUAUAUAUCAAUCUCUAGUAGGCUCAUGAUUUCUCUAGUUAUUUUUCUUACUUUUUCACUCUUACUUUCUACUUCUAUGUUUUAUUCAUAUAUUUUCACUGCUCUUACUUUCCUUUUGUUCUUGUUAUUUGUAAAGAUCCAUAUACAUAUUGUCUAAUUCUUUCAUUUUUUACCCUCCAUUUUUUAUCCUCUGUUCUUGUCCCAAAUAAAGUGAUUUUUCUUGCCCAUCUGAUUUCUUAUAUUAUUUGUGAGAUGGAUCCUAACCUCUUAAGUAUUUUUCCUUAUAUCUUAUGUUCAGUCCUAGUUUAAUUUUCUUCAUGUUGAAGCUGCUCUAUAUUCAGCAGAAAAUCACUUUAGAGUAUCAUUUGUUCAAAAUGUAACACUUUAUGUAUCAUUUGUUCAAAAUUUAACACCAACAUUUAAGUUGGAAUAUUUGUGUUUCUGAAGCCUUCCUUAGUCUGCUGCCAAGUUUAGUUAGGUCCAUACCAACAACUGACUUUCUUUUCUUAAAAAAUUAUUUUCUAGUAUAUUUGAUAGAAGGAGCUCAUGGCAGAAAUGUGGGUUCUGGCUCCAUAUAAUGUAAUGAAGUCAAUUGAGGAAAACAUUUAAUAGAUGGGUCACUCAUUGGCAAACUAGCCAAAAAAAUGUAUGCUAUCUAUUAUUAGUGAAACAGGCUUUACUACAUCUUAAUUUCACUACUGUAUGUCCUAGAUAUCACAGAUCCUGUGCAUAUAGACAUUUUUUAGUAAGACUAUAUCUGAAAAUCUGCUUAAACUAUUCAGAUAAUAUAUCAAUGUGUUCUGAGCUUUGGGUUUGAGACAUUUGGUGAGCAUAUCAAGACUGAUUAUUUUUCUGAAUGCUUAUUAUUAUUAUGAUUAAGAGACUUCCUGAAUACAAUAGAAUAAUAGCUCUUAUAUCAUAAUUUUUCAAAGUUGGAGAUGUAUCCAUACAUAUCCUAUACCAAAAGGGCAGAAACUCUUCACUUCAGUGUAUAUGCUUGAACUAGUUGUUCAGCUUCUUGUAAAAGUGUUUUCCUUGGCUCAUAACUGCCUUUUGUCAAAUAAUCUUCAUAAUGCUGUAUAAUAAAAAUAUUUUCUACUA